AGUGUGCGCACUCGAAAACUUCAGAGAACACGAGCAGUGCUAUAUACUGCAAGUGAGUCCAAAGUUUGAACUCCAGCUAGAAGCACCUGUAGUUAUUUGGAUUACUAUUUGAGAAACCAGAAGAUAAAUCGUUCUUUACCAAAACUUACAAUUGCAGAUAUCCAAGGUAAAAAUGAUCCUGAACUGAAAAGGGUCGUUGUGAAAGCAAGAUUAAACAAUAGGACUUGGAAUUUUUUUUUAAAAAGCUACUACCUGCAACAAACAGCUUACCUUUUUUAGGUCUCUCUUGAAAGAACAGAAAAUAAUUAAGUUAAUGAGUGUGCUAUACAGUCUGGAUUCACAGUGCGCCUCACCACCAUGCAAUAUGAACUGGUCAAUGGAGCCAACCAAUUUCUACGACAGUAAGCUGAGCACUAUCCAGGGCUCCUGCAAGCCCAGCCGUGGCGGCAUGUGCGAAGAAAGCAACCUGGCAGAGCUGAGCACCGCUACUGCCAUGUAUGACGACGAGAGCGCAAUCGACUUCAGCACCUACAUCGACUCUAUGGCGUCCGUGCCGAACCUGGAGCUGUGCAACGACGAACUCUUCGCUGACCUUUUUAACAACAGUGUCAAGCAGGAGAAAGUGGACUUUACCUACCUGACCAGCACCGCUUCAGAAGUCUUUGCUGCCAGAGACAAGCUGAAUCAAAGCGUGAAUGGUGGGUUCAACGCCCCAAUUAAGCAGGAGUCGGAGUGGAGUGAUAGCGACAUGUCCUCAUCUCUUCCCUCGCAGAUUGAAAACUGCGCACAGACCAUCAUGAGCCUGCAGACCGGACCAGAGCCAUCUGCAUCACAUACCACCUCCAGAAAAGUAGGCAAAGAGAAGGGGAAAAAGAACCAGGACAGGUACAGCCAGGAGUAUCGGCAGAGACGGGAGCGGAAUAACAUCGCCGUCAGAAAAAGCAGAGACAAGGCAAAACUGCGCAACUUGGAAAUGCAGCAUAAGUUGCUUGAGCUAGGCGCUGAGAACGAACGACUGCAUACAACCAUCGACCAGUUAACCAGGGAUCUGACCAGCCUCCGAAAUUUCUUCAAGCAGCUGCCCAGUUCUACUUGUUUGGGCACCACGAGUACUGACUGUCGGUGAGGUGAGCGUGGAAAUGUUAACGGACUUGUUUUAGCACGAUACCUCAAGGAGACACAAAUAUCAAAUCAGAACUUUUACAAAAGCCUGCAGCAUAAAAUACUGUAAAAUAGUUACACCAAAUAAACUAAGUGAAUUGAAAAAGGGGUAAAAAAAAAAGUAUGCAUAUUUCUGUUUGCAUUGUACUGAAGAAAUGGGAUACCCCUACAGAAGCCAGAAAAGCUGAACUUAUUUUCGUCUUUCUUAAAUUAUUUUAUGAGUUUUCUAUAUGUAAAAAAUGUAUUAAUGCAGUUAUGGUACAUCUUUAAAAUUCCAAACGAUGUAUUGUAUGUGUUAAAAAAACAGCCUGAGCAUGUUUGAACAUUUUAUAUGAAGUUUAUAUAUAAUUUUGUAUUUUUUUUGUAAAAAAUAAAAUAAAAUCUUUUGAAACGA